GUUUCGAAAGUAGUUCCGCUAAUCCACGUCGUUUUGUCGAAAGCGCCAAAGGGUAAUUACUGCUUUUGCUAGUUCUUUACCCUUAUAGAGUUUGACGCUUUGAUAGAAGUUCGUUUAGUCUUCGCACAGUCUCUUUGACCCCGAAUGCCUCGAACCAGUUUGACUGGGACGCCGCUUCCAGACUUAUUCACAAUAUGACUUCCAGAAUAUCAUUGGGAAAUGUCGAUAAUGAGAACAUCAAGUUAUGCACUAGCCAUUAUUUUGGUUUGCCUUGUUUUUUAUUUUGGCACUGUCCUCAGAGAUAUAUGCCUUCGCAGUACAUGGACAAAGAGCUCGGACUGCAUAAUGAAGUUUGAGAGAUACGAAAGUAGUACUUUCGAAAAGCUUUGGUUAGAUAAUGUUAAAAGUUGGCAAGAUGAUCCGUGUGCAAAACUUCCGGAGCAAGCGCUACAAGCCGAAAUAUGGUCUACGUACGCGACCAAAAAUCAGGAUAAACCACAAUCGAACCCCCCUUCUGACGAAGUUUUCAGUCGAUACAUCUUCAGGAAUACAUGCAGUGGAAGUGAAAUGAAGGUAUACAUUGAGCCUCUGGCCCUUACAAACCGGCACCCGCAUUUUUGCUCCGGGGGAAGGAAUGAUGCGUUGUUGUUAGACAAAAGUUAUAUGGUUCUUGACUGGCAGUUAAGAACACUGGCUACCGGAAACGUAUACUACUUCGAUUUGGGAGCAAGCACUUACGAUCAAGGUUUAGGUGGCAACAGCCAAAAGUGGAUUGUCGAAAACUAUGCAAAACGUGGAAUAAACUUUAGUGGAAUUUUUGCAUGGGAAGCUUAUCCACUAAACGCUGCCGACGUUUUCCGUGUUUUGCCACCAGAGCUCCAUUCGAAGUACCGCUGGUACAAUUUUCCAGUGAAUGCAACGGAAGGUUCCCCCAGUAAUCCCUGGACUAUGCUUGCGGAGGUGGUCAAGCCGUCGGAUUUUACAGUGGUUAAGCUGGAUAUUGACUCUCCCAGUAUUGAAACACCACUUGCUCAGCAACUUAUUGACAAUCCAAGUCUUUUGCAACUUGUUGAUGAAUUUUAUUUCGAACAUCACGUUAACCUAACGCCCCUAGCGCCUUGGUGGGGACCAGUCACAGGCAUAUAUCUAGAGGAUACUCAAAAAACAUUUUUGGCUCUACGGAAGGCUGGCAUUCGUGCUCAUUCAUGGGUGUGAAAAGGACUGCCAAUGAUAGCCAACGCUACUUCAAUAAAUCCAAUUAAGUUCAAAGCACAACUGUGCAGUGAACUGUAGCGAUUACGAAUUACGAAAGACUGUAUUGGCAGAACGGAGCGGAACGCUUACUAUGGCAUCUUUUACGAUUUUAAAAUCAGAAGCUUAAAAUCUGUUCCCGAAUCUCAAUAAGUGUUGCUACGGCAAGCAUAGUUUUUCGAGACACUUUCUGAGAGGCAUUAAGGCCAACAGGGCAUAGGACAACCGAGAUUAGUGUAGCGGCGUUAUCAAGUUAGACCACAGAGUUGUUUUACCGGAAAAGUGCACAUUGGAUGUACCCGCGCAUCUGCGAAAGCACUUUUCAAUGGUAAUCGUACCCACGUUUUUUCCAUGCCUGGCACUGCCGUAGCGGAUUUUGCACACUUGGUGGUAGAUUCUGCAACGUCAGCAGCUGCAACCAAAUGGGUAAGAAGGCUGUGCCGAUAGUACGCCUUACCUGCCCUGAUAAUCCCUUAAUCCAAAGACUGGAUUUCACUGGAAAGAUUAGGGGGGAAGAAAAUCAGAUGAACAUUGGACAGUUCCAAGUGCGUAUGGCAGGCAGCAUUAUCCAAUAGAAAAGCGAUUUUGCGGCUUUCCAUCUUCAUGCGGCUACUGAGCUGCUGUAACCACUCCGUAAAAAACGCAGAUGUCAUCCAAGCCGUUUUUUUAGCGCGCCACAUUACAGGGAGAUUUUCCGGUUAACGUUAGCUCGGUGGAAAGCUAUGCGGCGUUGCGCGUUUCCGAUGACCAGCAGCUUCAGCUUUCCCCCUGUCAAACUGCCUGCUGGAAGCACCGUCACCCGUUCCUUUGUAAUUUACACCCUUGGCACUCUCUCCUUUCUGAACAAGCGAUUUGUUUGGCAUGUGUCGGUAAAAUCAGCCAGUUUCUUCGGCGUUGAAAAUAUUUGAGACGGUGCCAACAGAAAUGACAAAUGAUAUCCGAGUUCUUGCGUUCAGAGAUAUUUAUGAAGACCACUUCUGUUCUCAUAUUGGUUAUUUAUUACGCAUGUAAAUUUUCUUAUGUUACGCAUACCAUAAAUUUUUUCACAGGGUUUUCGGAAUAUCGCAUUAUUUACAUUUGUUAAAGAAGCAGUUUUUAACGGUAUAUUUACCGCUGCAUUGCACCACCUUGUGGCACAGUUGAAACAACUAAGGGGCUGAUGCGCUAAGCAUCUUCAGAAGCGAUUACGAUUCCGUUAAGACAUUUUCUCCAGAAAAUGUCUUAAUCGCUCGGGUUUUUAAUCGUUUAUUAAUCGGUUAAUCACAACAGGUGCGCAAAAGCGAUUAAAAAGUCAAGCGAUACGGAAAUUUCACGAAGCCAAACGAAAAAUUCGGCUAUAUGGACCCCCAAAAAGCGCCCCGGACCAGUAUCCCUAAUUAGGCCGUCAGACAUCGUAACGCCUAGCGAAAAAACCCCAGAAUAAUCCCUAACCGAUUAAGACUUUUACCGAUUAAGAAAAUUCCGAAAAUUUCUUAAUCGCUUUUGCUCAACCGAUUGCGAUUAAGAUUUUGUACAACCGGAAGUGUUUCAGAUUGCCCAAUAGGCGCUUCGGGAGGUGCGGUCACAUGAAUCAGGAUGGAAAAGCAUUAAUCGGAUCGGUUUUUGAGCUUAGCGCAUCAGCCCCUAAGCGAAGCUUUACUAAAUUUCUAGUGUCCAAUAUGAAAGUAAACAUUCGAGCAAAGCUAACUUUCCUUCGAGAUAUAGAUUGGGAAGUGUUUCUACUUCUACAGUAAUGUAGAAAUUAAAAUUUUGUUACAGUGUCUCUCUCUAGCACGAUGGUGUUUUAAAAACUUCGAUAUUUUCGAUAGUUGUGCCGCAGGCUGUCAGUUUUAAAUCGAUCGCACUUAUUUAGUGCAUACUGAAGUAUUAAUUUUCCUGCUGCUUAUAAGAAAUUAAGUAUUUAAUAAAUGUCAAGCAUCUAAAUUCAUUAAAUGAUAUAUGUUCAUAUUUCGGUUUUUUCCAGAUCGUAAUUUUAAAUUCUAUCUUGCAACUUCAGAAAUAAUAAACUACACUUAAGUUAAUUUUUGGACCACGUCAGACACUGGAAAUUGUGGUAGCGCUCGUGAAAACGG